UCAUCACUGCGAAGGUCACAAUGGUAGCUCAAUUGCCUUCGCGGAGACGCGAUGUCAUUCACCAACAAUGGGCGGCUUGGCUAUUGAUCCUAAGUCUACUAAUACCAGCUCUUGGGAGAGACGCUCUCUUCUUCCCGUCAUCAACUCCAUUGCGCCGCCGCUUCUUCUUCUUCUUCUUCUUAUUCCUGUUGUUAUUCCACUACAUCCCGCUGGUUCGGGUCAUUGCUUCAUAUCGCCCCUUCUUUGUCGUUCGUCGUUGUCUUGCUGGUCAAGACCCUUCCAUCGCUAUGUCGUUCAUCAAGUGCUGCUCCCCUGAGUUCGAUAUCGACAUCGGUUCAUCCAUCACUCUCAGCAAUCCCAUCACUGAUCCUGUCGACGUUCCUUUCCGUUUCCGUGAUCUGCCCAAGGAGAUUCGCUUCAUGGUCUACGAGUAUGCUUUGUCAUUCGACUCAAUCGACAAGUACUGCCACGACUACAUGGAACUCCUAUGUGCCGCGCCCAACACAACAGAGCCUGUACCUGCACCUGAUGUCAAGAAGGCCUGCCCAUCAAUUCUCUUGGUCAGCAAGGACAUCACCGAGGAAGCUCUGCCCUUCUUGUACCAGACUCCUCUCAACUUGUCGUUCGGCAUCAUGAAGGCCCGAUACCAGGAUCUCAUCAACCCUGAGCUGCUUCGCAAACUUCGCUACAUCAACAUCUCGGAUGCUGGACUUCGCCAUCUCAACAGUCCUCCCCAUCAUUGCUUCAGUGGCCUUUGCUAUGCUUUUGUUCAUCUCGCCACUAUCCUCAGACCUGGCCACUCUCUCAAGUCGCUGACAAUGGAGUACCUAUCGCCGUAUCUAUCUGUUCAUCUGAAGGACUGUCUCAACGACAAGGACAAGUCAUGUGGAAUCAAGAGCUGGAACAAGAACAUGCUCAGAAGUAUCAAGGAGCUACACAACAUCGAAAAGGUAUCUCUGGACAUCGAGCUUUCCGAGGAGGUGAAGCAGGAGGUCAUCAGCUCUGUCAAAGGUCCUGCUCGUGGUUUCUUCAAGCUUCCUCUCCAUGUCCGCCAGAAGAUUUAUGCUUAUUCUGCCGACAUCAACGACGCGUGCUACCAGGGAGCUUGCUUUGAUCCUAACUUCAAGGAACUGUCCACUCCAACCAUCUUCCAGAUCAACAAGCAGAUCAACGAAGAGGCCACGGAAGUCAUCUACAGCAAGCCCUUCAUCAUCAAGGACCUGUACCCCAUGGUCAAAUUCACCUUCUUGAAGCUCGACGACUUCUUCUCUCGCGACACUUUCAAGAAGAUCCAGCACUUUGAGCUGCACCUGACUGACCACAACCACUUGACCAUGCUCUACUCGAUCGCCCCCAUGCUCAGACGCCGCCGCAAGAACAACCCUCUCAAGUCUUUCCAUCUCCACUUCUCAGAGCCUCGCAGCAAGCGCCUUAUCCUUGCUGUCAACGAGUACUACCCUGACAACACUAUCUACCGCUGCAUGCGCAACCUCAGCCACCUCCGCAGCUGUGUCGACAAGGUCACUAUUACCGGAAGUAUGCCUGAGUGCUUUACUGCUCCCAUCAUCCACAACAUGGGCNNUUUGAAGUCGUUGGAGGAAAAGGUCAUGCCUGUCAAGGUUCAGAAUGGAGAUGGUCGUGAGGUUGAUGUGCAUUACGUUCAGGGCACUGCCUUCUACAGAAAGUACCGUGGUGUCUUGUCUGACCCUAUGGAUCGCAUGCUGCUUGAU